CCUUGAACGCUUAAACCCUCCAUGGUUUUGGAUUGAACAUUUCCCCUGAGAUUUGGGAGUGUCCUUAAACCCCAUACACUGAUCGAGCUCAAGAAGAAGGAGAAGCAGAGAAAUGGUGAAUAAACAUUGGAAGAUAAUUCCAAAGCCGCUUCUAGAAACAGUUCUCAACAACCAUGUCCAACGCCACCGUGUUCCUCAGCCUCUCAUCCUCCAUGGUCCUCGUGGCGUCGGCAAAACCACAUUGAUCCUCAACCGUCUACUCGGAGAUUGGAACAAAGGGCCACAUCUCGCUGGCUAUGUAGAUUUUGCGCAAUCGAUAACGGAACACCAUCCAGAUCACCACCAAUCAUAUCCAUGGACGUCUUGGACCAGUGUUGACCCACCGUUGUUGUCCAAUUGCAAAACCCAGCUCGAGAAUUGUCUUGAAUCUAUGAGUCACAAAGCUAUCAAACUUGGGAGUAUAAGCUCGCAGCAGAUUUUCACUACUAUGAACAAAUGGUAUGGUCUUAAUACUGCACUUCGUCGUAUACUUCAGGGUUAUAACAUUGCUGUUCCAGAGAAAGUCUCGGUUUCAUUUCUCUGGGAACGGGCUGUGUAUGCCCUAUCUGUUCGACAAAAUGCCGAUGAGAUUGAUGGGUUGCUUGAAUUGGAAGAGAAAGGUAAUAGCUUGUCCGUUGAAGAGGCUUCGUAUUAUAGAGAGACUGCUUUUGCGUUAAGAUUGGCUAAAGAGGUUAUUAAGGUGCACCAGGGUUGGAAAGCCAAUGCCAUUGCUCAUCUUAAUCGAACUAAUGGGUUUUCGAGAACUUUAGCGAAUUCAUGUACUGAUUGGCCGUUGCUAAUGCUUGAGUUGUUAUCACAAGCUGCAGAGAUUGGCUUCUUCCAGCCUAAGCUGGUCUUGAACAACAUUGAAAUCUUGAAGAGGGCUAUUCAGACUGAUGAUUCAACAGUCUCAGCGUCAAUGUACCAUGACAAUCUUAUUUGGAGAAUAAUAGCGUUAGGUGCGAAUGAGCGCUGUCUACCUGUCCUAUUCGUGACUUCGGACAGCUACUAUUCAUAUCAAGCCUUUGUUGACUACGGGUUUCCAGACAUUUUCAUCUCUCGUGAGACAUUUGGAUGGAAUCCUCAAGAAGCAAAAUUACACAUGGUUCCUGAUUACUUCAGUGCUUCGGAGUGGACUAUCAUUGCUGAUGUUCUUGGUGCGAAUUCUCGGCAUCUAUUUGAGCUUUAUGCGCUUAAACAAAGUAAUCAUUACCAGAGUUUGAUGGGGAGUAAAGCAGGUACAUUUGAAGAUAUUGUGGAUGCAUACUUGGCAUAUUUACAAGUUGCUGUGGUUAAUCCUGCAAUGGACAAAGCGUUGUUGCGGCUUCAACGGUAUGCCACUGAUGUACGAAAAGGAAGCAUUCCGUAUGAAAAAUUACGUUUUGGUGCUUCAUGGAGGCAUCCUCCGCAAACUGAGGAUCCUACACAGAACUCUGAGUGGGCUAAAAUUCAGCUGAUGGAUUUUGUCCAAGCUCUUGUCAAUACAGAAUUCGCGGUAAAUUAUUUGGGUGACUAUAGCCUUGAGAUCUUUGAAGACCCUUCAGCUAUGGCAUUGGUUGAGGUUGGGAUACUGUAUACUCAGCGAGAUCCAUCUUUUUUCCGGCCAAUAUCUCAAGGCAUUAAAAGAUGCCUUGUUAGAUGGCUCAUCCAAGAGCGGAUGCAGAUGAGUUAUUGGAGCUCAACAAAAUAUUGGUGGCAGAGAAUCAUCCGGGGUCGUUAUUACAAGCAUUUAAUGCUUGGCUACAGAACAUAGGCAGUUUCACACAGGUUUUGUUUUCACAGGAACGUCGAUGAAAUCUCGGUAUCUUGUGCACGUACACAUGUCGGACUCAGGUUUUACCGUGAAGUAGAAAACAUAAAGGGGCGUUGUUUUUGUUGCCGUCAAGGUCUGACUUUUAGUAAAAUCACAUUAAGAAGAGACGUCGGAGGGAAAAACCUCCAGCUACAGAACGGUGUAAUCGUGUAAGUGGGAAUACAUUGCCAUGAGAACGUCUUUCUCUUCAGACGCUGUAUAUAAAGCGCAUGUUGCUGUGUUUAUGUCGAUUUUUUUCAAGUAAAAUUAUAAGUCAAAGAAUUCAAUUAUUCACUGUAUUGUCUACCUUUCCAAGCCGAAAAGUCCAAUAAAGUUUGUUGUUAAAAUGAAAAAUCUUUGGAUUGUUACAUUUACAUUUUUCUUGACCAACUAGUGAAUAGUGAAAAAACAUGUUUGUAUUGAGUACAAACACGCUAAUAGACUAAUUAAAUUUCCGUUGAUUACAAUUCAAUUACAUGAGACGAAGUCUAAAGCUAUCGUAUAAUUACGUAAAUGUAAUUAUGUACGUAACACACAAAUGUGAGGAAAAAAAAUAUGGAAUUAAAGAAUGAUGAAGAUGAAGAAGAAGAAGAUUCGUAUAAGACAGCUCAGUUAUGGCAUCUGCCUGAACCGCGAGGAAUAUUAGUGCAACCGUUCCGACCAGAACCACGGACCGGUCCUCUUUGCAACGCCUGAAACAGAAGCCGGAUCUCAUCUACGGGAUCUGGGAAAGGCCUCAUGGCUUCAACUUGCGUAGCGUCCAAGAAAACAACGAACAUAACAACUAACAUAACUACGACCACCAAUUGUUUUUUCAUCAUGUUUAGAAUUUUAGUUUUUCGAAUGAGAAACAAAAACAAAAUUGAGCUUUUUUAUUGGUGAAUGUAGAGUUUUUUUUGUUUUUGUUUUGUAU